AUGAAAACGUUUUUUAUAUAUGAUUUUAAAAAGACUGUUCAUAGAAAUCAAGACUUUCAGCUUAGUUUAAAAAAAAAAAUAUUCUAGGAUUCCACUGUUCCGUCGAACAAAAAGAAACAAUGAAGAACAAAAAACUGAGGAGCACCAAGAUGUACAGGAAACGAGAAUCUUGACUUAUAAUCAAAAAAAUGCUGAAUCUCUCCAACAGGUGUCCGAUGAAGUUUUCAUGAGCUGCAAAGUUAUAGAUUGGGCUGAAAGUUCACGCGUCGCUGACUCACUAAAAAGAGGAGAUCUACAAGUAUGCACCCCUUCUAACAUUUUGCCCAGAAAUGUUGUCUGUAGUGGUGCCGAACUUUUCCAGUUUGCCGAAAAAAUUCGAAUUCUUGAUGAAUAUUUGAAGAGCAAAGAUUUGACUCUACUUCAAGACGUUUCCAAACAAAUCAAAAGAGGAGAAAAUUCCAAUUCAACAUUCUCUAGAUACAUUUAUCGUUGCUUUCUCAAUCCGGGAGCUUCCAGUUAAAGAACAAGCUGGAAGUGUUUCCUCUGUUGCAUCGUUCGAAGAUAUUACAGCUUUUGCUGAGUCGGUGAGCUGAUGAAGCUGACCAAAAUGGUGAUUCCGUGGGAAUGUUCUACGUUGGGAAAGGAACAUCCACCUGAAG